AUGGUCAGCAGAAGGAAGAAUUCGUAUGGCAGUGUUCAGUUGGACGUGGAUGGCAUCAUCUGUCGUCUCACUCAGGUAUGUAACGCAAUCCGGGAAUUAACGGGCUUCGGUGUCAUAUUUAAUAUAAACAAAAACAAUCCGCGUUUUUUCCACAAGGAGGAAUAAGAAUGACAGAAUAGGGUUUAAACAUAUUAGUCCACAUAGGGCAAUUAGGGUAGUUAACUCAAUUUUUCAGUCUGACGUCAAACUGGUGUCAUUUCCUAUUAUUUGUUUUACAUCUUAUUUUAAUUGAUCCUUUUAGCAAGAAGGAUAAUUUACUUUUUAAAAUUUUUUAAUUCCUACGAAGUUACUGUUGAGACAUUACCUUUUGAUCAGUCCUUUGUCCUUUAUCAGCGGACCACUGUUAAGGAUGGCCUUUUCUUAAUCCCCGAUUAAACAUAGUUCUUUUUGCAGAAUGUUAGCGAAGGAUGGAGAAGUUCUUUGGAUGUAACGGAGAAUGAAAUCAAGAUGGUUUGCUCCCUUUCUCGGGAAAUCUUCUUGCAACAACCCAUGAUGUUAGAGUUGAAUGCCCCCUUGAAGAUCGCUGGUGACAUCCAUGGCCAAUUCAACGACCUCCUCCGGCUUUUCAAAUUGAGUGGAUUCCCUCCAUUAUCCAAUUAUCUCUUUCUUGGGGAUUAUGUAGAUCGAGGGUCCAAAAGUUUAGAGGUACGACUAUUACUCAGCAAAACCUACGUUGAUUUUUUUAAAUACAAGUGAUAUGAAAUUUCAGACAAUCAUUCUGUUGUUAUGCUACAAGAUCAAAUACCCCGGUAACUUCUUCAUGCUCCGAGGAAAUCACGAAGUGGCGGCCCUGAAUCGGAUUUACGGCUUCUAUGAUGAAUGUAAACGAAGGGUGAAUGUAAAGAUCUGGAAGUCCUUCCAGGACGUCUUCAAUUGUAUGCCUGUGGCUGCUCUGGUCGAGAACAAGAUAUUUUGCUGCCACGGGGGAUUAUCCCCACACCUCCGAACCCUCGAACAGUUAAAAAGGAUAGUCCGACCAGUGGAUGUACAAGAUAAUGGACUGCUCUGUGAUGUCCUAUGGUCAGAUCCGGAUGCCAAAGUGAUGGGCUGGGCCCCCAACGAUCGCGGAGUGUCCUAUGUCUUUGGCCAUGACGUUCUCGCCCAGUUCUUACAAAAAAUGGAUCUCGAUAUUGUAGUCAGAGGACAUCAGGUGGUAGAAGAUGGAUACGAAUUCUUUGGGAAGAGAGGGCUGGUCACAAUCUUCUCGGCUCCCAAUUAUUGUGGAGAAUUCGACAAUGCAGGAGCUGUUAUGAAUGUGGACAGGAAUCUGUUGUGCUCCUUCCAGGUACGAUUCUUCUUCUCUUCAUCAUCAAAGUCACUUCUUAUUGUUCGAUUAUAGAUUCUAAAACCCCAACAAUCCGUGUUAAAAGAGCGACGUUCAAAUGUGGGAAGUGCCCCGGCCUUCGGAACGAUGAUUCAUGACAUCAAGUACACUGGGGGAGACCCGAAACCGCAUAAAUUAUUCCGUCGAGGAAUGCUCUGA